CCUGAAGUGAAGAGGCAACUAGCUGCCAGUAAAGCGAUGUCGCAUUACGGACGAGCAGGCGGCGAGCGCGUGACGCUCGUGGUCGAUGUGGACCAUACACUGACGAAGCUGCUAGAGUGUGCAGCUCUAUGGCAUGAGGCCGAGCACGGCGCGAAGAUCGAUGUGGAGAGCGUCGCUUCGCCCAGCUGGACGAGUGUCUGGGGCGGAGGCGACGCGGAGAGCAAGACACACCAGUUCUUUGAGUCCAAAACGUUCGAGACGGAGCUGGCAGCAGUGACAGGCGCCAAUGAGGUGCUCAAGCCACUGCGCAAGUAUUUCUCGCUACUGGCAAUCACAGAUCGUCCACGUUUUGUGGAGAAGGAAACGCGUGAGUGGCUGGACCAUCACUUCUCUGGAGUCUUCGACAAACUCAUGUUCGUAGACGAGGACCGUCCGGAGCACCUGAUGGCACGGAAGAAAGAGCUGUACGACGAUCUUAAGGUGAAAGUCGCGGUAGGAUCCGAUGCUUCUAUGCUAACAGAAGCAGCCGAGCACGUCGGACACGUCGUCGUCGUCGGUUCAGUGCCGUGGUCGAAGGCAGUCGAGGAGUCUCGAAGUGGCGUGACUCAGGUCACCGAGUGGUCAGCGGCUAAAGAGACGUUCGACCAGCUUAUCAAGGAGCUCGAGCUCAAGCCACUUGACAAGGUAUUUGCUGGUUCUCGUCUCGCUCGAUACACUGACGAUCUGGUCACGGUCUCGACUCGGAAACCGGCAGUAUUCUACGCCAACAUCAUCAACUCGAAGCUCACAGUGCAGAAGCAAGAGAAUGUUCGCCUGCAAGCGUCCGAGGCGGCGAUCACGACGGCUGUGCAGGCGGCCGAGAUCUUGCGUCUCCAGAACAAUGCCAUCACGACCAAAAUCUCGACACGGUACGCGUUGAACCGCCCCAAGGACCGCGGCGGCUACCGUGUGCCCAAGUUGGAGCUGGUGCUACAACGUGUCGCACCCAAAGCGUAG